AUGAGUGGGAACAUAUUGCUUGCCACAUGAAUUUAAUGGAGAGUUUCACUCUCCACUGCUUGAAGGGACACAUUUGCAUGAAUAACUCAAUGCAAAAAAGGCAAAACCACUAUCGGCAGGGCCAGUUUUCAGUUUCACUACGAAAGACAAUGCUGUUAUAUUUGGCGUUUUUGGUAGUGGAGUUAUCUCUUAUCCUCAAAAUUCUAACGCGGAUUUCAAAUUAUUAGAGUGCAACAGUUCUGAAGAAAACAACAGGUUACACGUCCCCCAACUUUUACUUGUGUUAAGGGUUACUUUAAUCUCUAAUCAAGUGCUGUCCCCAUUUUCAUCUUCUUUCGUGAUGUUGCUCAUAGUAGGUUUUCUUUUCCGUUUGUGGAAACACAUGCAACAUGCACUUAGUCAAAUGCUCGGACAAUCAUGUAUCACAUAAAGCACUUUAUUUCGUGUAUGCACCAUAUUUUUGCUGUGGCUUCAUAUAUUUAAAUGAAGGAAAUGAGCUCAAAAGUGGUUGUCUUCUGAAGAGAAACGAAAAUUAUCAUUCAUGGGCUCAUUUGUAGGACACGCAGUGCAAGGUUCAGCUCUAGCUCUCCUUGGAUUAUGGCACGCCAUCAACACCAUCAGAACUUACCUUGUGAAGGGCCCUGCAAACUUCACUGUUAGAUUCUGGUACCAGUUUAGUACCCCUCACUCCAGACUCAAACACUUGGAGCUUGUCUCCAUUUUAUCCUUUUCCAUCCUUGCAAUAUUCAUGCAAGUUCUGGACUUCCCUCAUUUCCACUAUGCUUUUAAGCUUGAUAACUUUGAGCAUGCAACUAUGUUCAUACACCUUGCUUUGUUUGCUGGUUUCUCCCUCUGCACUGAGUUGACUGAUUCACUUGACCUCUUUUCUGGCUUUGUUGGGAUACUUGCAUCCUCAGUGUUCAGUCAAGAACUGUUCCUUCUCCAUUUUCACUCCACAGACCAUGUUGGACUUGAAGGCCAUUACCACUGGCUACUGCAGCUCAUAGUGCUUGUCUCACUGGUUGCAGCUUUGGCUGCAACUAUUUUUCCUAACAAUUUCAAUGCGGCUCUAGUGCUUUCUAUUUCAGUCAUCUUCCAAGGAUGUUGGUUCAUAAACAUGGGGUUUAUGCUAUGGAUUCCAGCUUUAGUCCCUGAAGGGUGUUUGAUGAAUUUGGCCAAGGCAGGUGGCCAUGAUAUCAUUGGAGCAGUUACUUGUGGCUCCAAAGAGGCUGAUUUUAGGGCCAGGGGCUUGGCCAAUUUACAAUUCAGUUGGAUCCUGUCUGCAAUUCUGAUAUUUGCAGGAAUCAUUUGCUUGAAACUUGCUAGAAAAUGUACCAUUGCAACAAACCGAUUGGAAUAUGAGAGAAUUCAAAGUAAAGGUGCAGACUCAGCUUUGGCCAAUGAAGGUUUGAAGCAGGGCAGAUAAUCUACCACAGUUUGUAGAACAGGCCUGGUGCUUUCAUUUUUAAGGUCUCAAGUGUAUACAAGAGACCUGAGCUAUGCAAUGAAAAAUAAGCUACAGUGUGACCAAGUUUAGAUUGAUGUCCAACAAUCUGUUGGGUUUUAUAAAAUCUACAGCAAGCUAUAUGAUGUUGGUAGUGUCUAUUAAGUUGCUGGUAUGUCUGUGUAAGAAACUAAUAUCUCCAGAUCUUGAUUGCUUCAUAAAUUCCUUGGAUUUCCAACAACGGACUGUGAUAUUGGACUACUGGAUUAUAAGAAUGCUUCUGUGUGUUAGCUUACUGUUUAGUUUUUUGUGUAUAGUUGAUAACUAUAAAUGACCUUGAUGUUGCAAAAUUUCUGAUUUUCA